AUAAAGUUGUGAAAAUCACUAGGACUUACCCCUUAUUACGUAAACUGUCAAAAAGUGUGAUAAUUCCUCGGUGUCAGGGGAUUCUCUUGUAGGAAUUAUCUUCAUUUAGGGCACAGCCGAUUGACUAAUUUAUUAUUUUAUGUCAACAUGGCUGCUACUGUGGGAAGGAUAUGUGCUGGUGCAGGUCUCCUAAAAACAUCCAACGGGGCCGUUUUUAACCAAAUAAAUGCAUUUUCAACAACCAGGGAAUGGAGCAAGGGGCGCAGAAUGGUUCUUGCUACAGUUGGAGCCUUAGCUGGAGGAGCUGGAGCUCUCAUGUUUGCUUUGGAUCAAUCUGUCAAGGCCUCCGACUUGGAAUUGCAUCCACCAAAGAACCCAUGGAGCCACUCUGGUCUCAUCAAUUCCCUUGAUCACUCUAGUGUGAGACGUGGUUAUGAAGUGUACAAGCAAGUUUGCGCUGCUUGCCACUCUAUGAAAUACAUCGCUUACCGUAACUUGAUCGGUGUAUCCCAUACUGAAGACGAAGCCAAGGCUGAAGCAGCUGAGAUGAUGGUAACCGACGGUCCCGAUGAAGCUGGAAACAUGUUCCAAAGGCCGGGCAAGCUCUCCGACUACUUCCCUAACCCCUACGCCAACGAGGAAGCAGCUCGCGCUGCCAACAAUGGCGCUUUCCCGCCAGAUCUUUCCUACAUUGUAUCCGCUCGUCACGGAGGCGAGGAUUACAUCUUCUCUCUCUUGACUGGAUACUGUGAUGCCCCAGCUGGCAUAGUAUUAAGAGAGGGCCAGUACUACAACCCGUACUUCCCUGGCGGCGCCAUCUCCAUGGCCCAAGCCCUCUACAACGAAGUUCUCGAGUACGAGGAUGGUACUCCAGCCACUGCCAGCCAGUUGGCCAAGGACGUAGCCACUUUCUUGAAGUGGACCGCUGAGCCGGAACACGAUGACCGCAAGAGAAUGUUGAUCAAGGCAGCUGGCAUGUUCUCCUUCCUUCUUGUCGUUACAUACUACUUGAAGAGGCAUAAGUGGACCAACAUCAAGACCCGCAAGAUCGAGUUCAAACCCAGGAAGUAACCCUGUGAAAUAAUAGCAAAUUAAGAUAAUUACAAGAAAAUACAAAAAAAAGAAGAUUAUUAGAGGAUGCUGUUUGUUGGUAUACCAACUGUGCAUUUCCAUUCGUUCACAAGCGCAGCAUUUUCUUUUACUAGACAAUUCCCUAGCACAUAUACAUACACUCAAUUAUCAGAAAUAAUAAUAAAUUAAAAUAUUUUUUAAUUUUAUUCGAUCCAGCGUUUUACGUCAAUUCUGCGGAAAAAAUCUUCUAGUCUGAUAUUCUUCUUCUAUUUUCCUGUGUAAAUACUUGAUCGAAAAUAAAACAGCAAUUUGAGGA